AGCGGGCAGCGCUCCGAAUUGCGGACCGCUCAGCCAGACCAGCGCUCCUCGCAGACUAACUGCACUGCAGGAGCAUAAGCGCGGUGGGCAAAGCCCCUCGUCAGACGCAGGUCCUUGUGUCUGUGUGCUCUUCAGCAAGGCGGCCAAAUGCCAAGACGGAUGCGUACCCUCUGCUGCCUCACUACAGUUAGGGAAUCCCAUCGAGGCAAAGCCAUCCACUACGUCCUGCAUGUUUCCCAGAGUCACUGCCCUUCCUAGCAGAAGGGUAUAGGUUGCAUUGCCUACUUGGAUCACAGCAGCCCCCACUGUAGAUUUACCUACUUCAAAUUGAUUCUCAACUGACUGGUAGCUGUCUGGUGUUGCAACCUUCCGCAAGGCUAUUUCCACUGGCUUCUGAGCUGUCGGAGCAGAUCUCAUUCUGGUAUCAGUGUGCUUCACAGUGGAGGAAAGCAAUCUCUGCUUGUGUCUCAGCACCAGAACUGGCUUUCCACUGUGUCAAGAGGAUCAAAUGCUGCCCUCAUCUGUCAAUUGCUUCUCUCAAAUGCUUCGCAGAAGUCUCUUCAUGGCCUUCUGAGAGUCUUCCUCGUUCCGGCAGUUCCUGAAUGGGCUCUGGACAUACUGUAACAUAAGGUAUUUGGACAUUGUUGAUGAAUAAUGGGGGAGAUAGAAGGAACAUACAGAGUACUGCAGACGCCUGGUUCUCGUUUGGGAGUCCAGAAGAAUACUGGAGUGAGUACGCUGGAGCCAGACCAGAACCUUUCUACAUCAAUAGCAAUGACACCUGCCAAAAUGCAUGAGAGGGAUUUAUCAAUCAAACUAAAGCUGUUGGACAACACUGUGGAAGUACUAAAUGUUGAGUCAAAGAGCUAUGGCCAGACACUGCUGACAGAGAUUUAUAAGCAUUUGAAUUUGGUUGAAUCUGACUACUUUGGAAUUGAGUUCCAGAACAUCCAGUCAUACUGGAUUUGGCUUGAGCCUAUGAAACCUAUAAUUAAACAAGUACGACGACCAAAGAAUACAAUGCUUCGUCUAGCUGUAAAGUUUUUUCCUCCUGACCCUGGUCAGCUGCAAGAGGAAUAUACCAGGUAUCUGUUUGCACUACAAAUCAAGAGAGACUUGGCAGAGGAACGACUAACCUGCAGUGACAACACAGCAGCUCUGAUCAUCUCUCAUCUUCUGCAGUCUGAAAUUGGGGAUUUUGAUGAAUCUGGAGAUCGCAGUCACCUUAAAACAAAUCAAUACUUGCCAAACCAGGAAAGAGUACAAGGAAAGAUAUUGGAGUUUCACAGAAAGCACUUAGGCCAAACUCCUGCUGAGUCAGAUUUCCAGGUGCUUGAAAUUGCUCGGAAACUGGAAAUGUAUGGAAUUAGAUUUCACCUUGCAUCUGACCGUGAGGGGUCGAAAAUUAACCUUGCUGUUUCACACAUGGGUGUAUUAGUAUUUCAGGGUACCACAAAAAUCAACACCUUCAACUGGUCUAAGGUCCGUAAAUUAAGUUUCAAGAGAAAAAGGUUUCUGAUCAAGCUCCACCCAGAAGUCCAUGGUCCAUAUCAGGAUACACUGGAGUUUCUGUUGGGCAGUAGGGAUGAAUGUAAAAAUUUCUGGAAAAUCUGUGUGGAAUAUCACACUUUCUUCAGACUAUUUGAUCAGCCAAAACCAAAGGCUAAAACAGUCUUCUUCAGUAGAGGUUCUUCAUUCAGAUACAGUGGGCGAACACAGAAACAGCUGGUGAAUUAUGUUAAAGACAGUGGGAUGAAGAAAACUCCCUAUGAGAGGAGACACAGCAAAGCUAGAGUGUCUGCUCACACUUCGAAUGUAGACGUGCCAAAACAGAGUGUCUCAUUUACUGAGGGCUUAGGUGUUCCUGUGUCCCAUGCCUCAGUGUCUGCCUCCUUCCAUUCGGUUUAUGUAUCAUCCACUACUGACCUGUCCGUCUGUUCAGAGAUGAAUAAUUCCUCCAGGGAUCCCAGAGCACUGUAUACAAGGAGCCCCACAACAGAAAAGAGUACUGCAACACCAGCUGAAGAAACUGGGAAGAAAGCAACACAGCAGCCUGGAUCUCCCAUACUCCAGUCAUUCCAAGGCCUCUCAAUGAUCCACCCUCAGCUUUCUUCCUUCACCCUGAAGAAUCCACAGAGCUUGAACCCCACAUUUCAGGUAAACUUGAACCCAGCUGACCAGGGUUCAUCUCCUCUUCUGAGUCCUGUCCUGAGUGAUGCUGGCAGUUCCCGGGUGGAAGAGGAAGAGGAAGUAAAACGCAAGCGAUAUCCAGCAGACAAGGCGUAUUUUGUAGCAAAGGAGAUUCUUGCUACUGAACGGACGUACGUGAAAGACCUAGAAGUCAUUACAGUAUGGUUCCGCAGUGCAGUCAUUAAGGAGAAUGCCAUGCCUGAAGGCCUGAUGACUCUGCUCUUCUCUAACAUCGACCCAAUCUAUGAGUUUCACCGAAGUUUUCUGAAAGAGAUGGAGCAGAGGCUAGCACUCUGGGAAGGACGAUCCAAUGCUCAUGUGAAAGGAGAUUAUCAACGGAUUGGAGACAUCAUGCUGAGGAACAUGUGUAUGCUCAAGGAGUUUACCGGCUACUUGCAGAAACAUGAUGAGGUCCUGACAGAACUGGAGAAAGCAACUAAGCGCCUAAAGAAACUGGAAAUGGUUUACAGGGAGUUUGAACUGCAGAAGGUUUGCUAUCUGCCACUCAACACUUUCCUGCUUAAGCCCAUCCAGAGGCUGAUGCACUACAAGCUGAUCCUGGGGAGACUUUGCAAGCACUACCCAGUAGAACACCGGGACUACUCCGACUGCAGGAAGGCACUGAAGGAGAUUACAGAGCUGACAUCGUGGCUCGAAAACAGCCUGAUUCGCUUAGAAAAUUUCCAGAAGCUGACAGAGCUACAACAUGACUUGAUUGGCAUUGAUAACCUUGUAGCACCUGGCAGAGAAUUUAUCCGGGAGGGUUGCUUGUACAAACUCACUAAAAAAGGCUUACAGCAGAGGAUGUUCUUUCUGUUCUCAGAUAUGUUGCUGUACACAAGCAAAGGAGUUACAGGUACCAAUCAGUUCAAAAUUCAUGGACAUCUCCCUCUUCAUGGUAUGCUGCUAAUAGUACUGGAUCCACCGGUGGAAGAGAGUGAGAAUGAAUGGUCUGUCCCACAUUGCUUCACAAUCUAUUCAGCUCAGAAGACAAUCGUAGUGGCAGCAUGUACCCGUCUGGAGAUGGGGAAGUGGAUGGAAGACCUAAAUGUGGCGAUUGAAAUGGCCAAAAAAUCUAGCAAUAAAUCUAAAGUGUUUUUGGAAAGCUCCAUGUAUAAUCGCUCUAACAGAUCCUCUGAUGAGGUCUCUCUAGAGCAGGAAUCCGAAGAUGACAUACAGUCUUCUCGUAGCUCCCUGGACAGGCAGAGCCAUCACCGUGCCAACACUACCAUGCACGUGUGCUGGUACCGCAACACCAGUGUCUCCAUGACUGACCACAGUGUGGCCGUCGAGAAUCAGCUUUCAGGGUACCUGCUGAGGAAGUUCAAAAACAGCGAUGGCUGGCAAAAGCUCUGGGUCGUCUUCACCAACUUCUGCUUGUUCUUCUACAAAACUCACCAGGACGACUAUCCCUUGGCCAGUCUCCCACUGCUCGGCUACUCAGUCAGCGCCCCCACGGAGGCAGAUGGCGUUCAGAAGGAUUAUGUCUUCAAGCUGCAGUUCAAGUCCCACGUGUAUUUCUUCAGGGCUGAGAGCAAGUACACCUUUGAGAGGUGGAUGGAAGUGAUUCAGAGAGCUACAAAUUCUCCAGGGAGAUCGAGCCCGGCGAUUCCCAUGGAGGAAAAGGAUAUUCACACAGACUGAAGGGGGCAGCGCUGGGUCUCAGCUGUCGACAUCUGUAGUGGGGUGGGAUGGAACAGGAUUGACGGGUUGAUAAAGCAGUAACAUGAGAUGCUUGUUUCCACCUACUGUGGAAGUUAAACAAACCAGGGGAGUGAGGAACUGGGGUCACGCCAGGUUAGACUGGACUAGAGUCUGCUACAGUCAAAGCUAACUGGAAUGAAUGAAACUAGCAAUGGCUGCAAAAUUCCCACUCUGGGAAUCCUAUGAUUUGCUGUGUGCAUGCGUCCUGGAGGGUACCACAUUCCAGCUGUGGGUUCUGUACAGGAUUCAGGGCAUGCCUUGGUGGAGACAGCUGGCCGUGCUUAUUGUGAUGGGAUGGAUCAAUUGUGCUUUCUAGGUCCCAGGAGUUCCCUUCUGACAGUCAGUGUGGAGAAGCAACCUCUGGACUGCCAGCUGCUGUAGCAUCGACCUGCUGGCCCAGACUUCUUGGACAAGCUGGGGAUCUGCAGAUGUAUCCAGCCAGAGGCCUGCACUGGCAUGAAUUUCAAACUGAACAUACAGCUGCUGUGGCAUCAUGGAGUUCAUCAGGAAAUUGCCAUGGCAACAACUUCACUUGGGGAGGGGGGAUGGGGAGAACAUGAAGCUUUUAGUUGUAGAGGCAUUGCAGGUACAGCUUGGAGUGGGAGGCCUAGAUGAGAACACACGAGACUUCCUUCACGCCGAGCCUGCUCUCUUGCAUGCUGAAAGGGGCCUACCAGAUACGUUUGUUAUAGUUCGAGUCUUCUGCAUCCCUCAUGGGGCGGGCUCCUCUGACAAACCACGUAAUCACUCCGCUGGGGAGGCUGGGAUGGCCAAAGCACUGAGCACAUCCCCAGUGUGGGUUGUUGCUGCCCGUGAGUGGUAUUUUCAAAAGGCACAGGAGCAUAAGCCCUGUUGAAAGUCACUGAUACUUGUGUUCAUAUGCUACUUGGGGGCUUGAAAAUCCCAGCCCUGCACUCUGCGGAGGUGACAUCCCCUUCAGUUCUAGCAUCACGGGAGAGCAUUCGAGCCCGGCACCAGCUCUCUCGGUUGUGCCACCACAGUCAGGAUAAAAGUCGUUUCAAUCUGCUUCACUGCCUGCAAAUUUGCUGUUGCCUUUGGAUGCUGCGCAAUUCAGCACUUGAGCAAAAUAUGGAUGCCCCAAUUUCAGGCCUGGGAAAGCUAUAAUAAGCUGAAGUAACAGCUGUUGCUGCUGCAUAAAUGUGGCUUGGAGGGGCUGGUCUGCAUUUCAGAUGGCGAAGUAGUGAUGUAUCAGGGAAGGGAGGUGUUUGCGAGUGAUAAGGAAGUGCUGUGUGAUGUGAGGAGGGCAGAGAUCCCUUUGGAGCAGGGGAGAUGCGGGUGCUUGCAUAGGCAACUGUUUCCCCAGACAGAGACUCUGGGUUGGGUUGGUGCAAAGUCUCACAGGAAGGACAAGGAUCCCAGAUUGAGGAUUCUCGGUACCGUGGCACCUUCACCCAUAAAGAAGCAGAGACUGGACCAGUGUGUCAUAAGGACCGUUGUCCAUUGCGAGUUCAAUGUACUUUUUAAUUUAUUAGUGUCUUAAAAUAAACAUGUAGCGGUGCCAGUGCAUGUUCAUUCGCCAUUUCUGCUGUGACCCAGCUGAGCGUAAGUGGCCUGGUGUUGGCAGCGUGCAGUAGCUGCGUGUAAGGCUCUGGCCGUGUGGCUGUGUUCAUGCUAAUGCUGUCUUGCUCUUGGGAAGGUACGUGACCUCUGCCUGCAGGCCGGGUAGUUCAGGCCUUUAGGAGUCACUGGUGGGACAGCCCUGGCUCUGGGCAAAACACUUAUUCGUGAGAUUUAUAGCAAUCUCAGGACCCAAGAGUAAGAGACCUGUGUGAUGGCCUCUUCAAAGAAUUACACGUGUGAUUUUCUCCCCUUGAGGGUUGAGUUAAACCCUCUUCUCCCUUAGCUCUACAGCGUGGAGCAGUGGCUUUGGACUCCGUGCUGUAACGUGGUUGAACUGCUACUGUAAGGAGAAAAAGGGUUACCUACCAGUAACUAGAGUUUCCUGAAUCUGUCUACAUGGACUCUCUCCUUAAACCUCCCCUUUAUAGCCCUUUGCUCUGACUGAGACAGAGAGGACUUAAAAAGACUGUUAGGAGCAAAGGGCCUUUCACAGCGAUGACGGUGUGGUUUGUUACACUCUGAUUACCUGCUGUUGCUUUUACUUCUUGAAGUGGUUCCAUGGCUUGUGAGUGUGGCACGCAACUCUUACAGUGCAGAUGAGCAGAGACAGUCUGUCGGAAACACUCAGACUGGUAAGUCCUUGUGGCAUAGAGCAUACACCAAACCCACUGGAUCCGUUUGUAUGGCCCUCCACUGCCUACCUUGAGGUCCAUGAUCCAGCCGCACCAGGGUCAUGAAGAGGGCAGGAUGGGACAUUCCGCACGAAAGCCCUGCAUGUGCAGAUACAUUUGUCGCAUGGUGCUCUGGCGAGACCCAUAAGGCCGGAGCAGGGGGUCAGGCAUUGCUGCUGCAGAGUGGGCUUGUUCUCUCACUUUCCCUGGUGCCCCCCACGCCUGCCCCACCACACUGUGAGAGAGGGCUCUGUAACCGCCUUCUACCUGAAAGUUGCUCACCUCUGAUUUAGUCUCUCCAAAACCAUCUAGCCUUAAGCAACCCAGAGCAGCACCAUCUACCUUGUAUACUAAAAGAGGAAAACCCUUAAGUCUCGUGCAUUGACAAGUACAGCGUUAAUUGAUUUCACCUGAUCAAACAGCAGGACUUGUGUGAAAAUGCUCUCAAAGAAAAGCAGACUUGGAAUCAGUCACUUACCAGCCCUGUACCGGUUGUCAGUUAUAAAAAAAUGUGUCUAUCAGAGACUGGGAUGUGGGCAGCAACAGUCAUGCCAAUAUUUUGGAGAGUACAGGGGCAGGCUCUAAGAGGAUGUGUUUCUGUGCCAAGAGCUGGUUGUGGAGAAGUUAAGGGGUUCCUGUCCAUAACAGAAGAAAAAACACCGUUCCUCAUGGGGUUAGUCCCUGUUUCCUGAUGAAACACCUAUUUGUGCUGAUGAAGGUCUUUUUACUUUCACAAGAGCAUCUAAGUUUUCAUAGCAAUCAAAAAGUGAGGUGAGAACCCUACUUGUAAUGGAGAUCAAGGUAAUGAUAGCAAGCCAAAUCAGCCACCCAGUUGAGAGCAACAUGUAAUCUCCUGGCUUUUCAUUUAGAGUUCUUUCAGGGAGACUUGUUUUUAAAUCUCCCAUGUUGCAGGGCACAGAGCUUAAAUUCAACAGUAGGUAGCAGCUUUCAGCAGCUCUGGAGAAGUUUAUCAAUUAAAAACCUGAAAGGGGAUUCUGAUGAACUUUCUACACAGAAAAACAACACCCUCAAGGAUUCUUGGCUACUCAUAUGGUCCCCACCGCCUCAGUGCCUCGCAAUGUCUAAUGUAUUUACCUGCGCAGCAGAGUUCUUGUUCCUAUUUUACAGACAGGGAUCGGAGAGCUAGAGGGGUUAAGUGACUUUGGCAAAGUCGCAAAGAGUCUCUGGCAAGGCAGCAACUUGAAUGUGCUGCCUGAUUUCCAGGGUAGCUGCCUAAUCAUUGGAUCAUCCUUGUUAUCAGUCACAAGAGGAAUUUUGAAAGUUAACUUGAAGUCUCGAUAUUUGCUUCCUUCUGCCCUUGCAUGCAUGUGGUCUGCAGAGGCUCUCGGCUGAGGAAGAGGCACAGCCUUCCCUUGAACUGGAUCAGGAAGAGGAUGAUGUAUUCUGCCAUCACUGGAGCAAAAAGCAGAAGCCUUUAAAGUGAAUGGGGAAAAUGAUGGUGGAAUUUGCUCCUUGGAGGAAGCAUAGAUUACAAAUGUGUAUGCACUUACAGGCCAGGGACAUGGACCACAAACCAGAGCUUACAGUAAUGAGCAAAAUGGGGGAGGGGGAGCACAGACCUCUGUAAUAUUCACAAGUGAAAUGUUCUCCAAAUUGCUUACUAUGAAGGAGGAUAUGCAAAGGAAGGCAGUAGGCAUAAAAACCAAUGGAAAAACAACAGCAGCCUAACUCCUGAGACUGCAGAACAUUGCCUUUGACGACAGGAGAACUGGAGACAGCCAGCAGAAAAGAAUGUACUCUGGCUACUCCUACACAGGGCAGUGCCGAGAGUGAGAACGGGUGCACUCCGGAGGAGUUCAAGGAGAACUUCCUACCAGGAUACUGUCAGGCUCUCACUACUGGCAGACAUCCCAGCUGAGAUUAGCACAAGCGGUACUCCUGUAGAUUCUCUUAGAGGUGUGAUUCACGUUGACUGGACUGAGUGAUAGCUUAGCACAGGGGUCGUCUUGUUCCACUAGAAACAAAUGGUCUUCAGUCCUGCAUCACAGUUCAGACGGCCACAAUGACAGUCCUGCUGUUAGUCACUACUGUGAGAGAGAGGAAUUAUUUCUUUAGCUGCUCUUUGAAAGAAAAUGUUAAGGUAAGACUCUCUGCUUCUGUGGCCUCCUUUCACAGAAGGUCAUUUUCCUUCAGUCUCCCCCCCAGCACUGUGGGUCAUUUCACGUUGGUCGGUGCUGCUGAACUUCCCUCAGCACAUGCUGGAGAAAACGGUGACUUAGUUUGGCCGCCUUGCAGGUAUUUGUGUUUGAUGUCUGUGUGAUGCCACCCUAACCUCAGCUCCAGGGGACAACAGCUUGCACUGCUGCAUGCAGCUGUGUGAGGAGAAAACACCCAGCAUGUUCAGGUUUGACACACGCGAACGCAGAGGGCGGGUCAGUGAACA